AUGAGACAUGAUUAUUUAUUAGAGAAAGAUAUUAGAAUUCAUGAAAAAAUAGGAGAAGGAGCAUUUGGUUAAGUUUAUAAAGGAUUAUAUAGAAAUGAGGAAGUGGCAAUAAAAGUAAAUAGAUAUUUAUUAUUUAGCUAAUGCAAGGUGCAUAAAUAUAAGAAACAUCUAUAAUGGAAAGUUUGAAGCAUAAAAACAUUAUAACAUUUUAUUAGGUUAUUUUAUGUUGGUAUAGUUUUAGUAUUUUAAAUAUGGAAAUUGUCAAUAUUUAAUAAUGGAAUAUGCAUCUGGAGGAUCAUUAAAGGAAUUAAUGA